CGUCAGCGCAAUCAACACCACACCACCACAUAUACCACACCACGAAACACGGCCCCCCCGUUGCGCACCAUCCCGUCGCAUCCUACCUUCCUACCCCUUUAACAACGUCCGCCCAUCGACGUCCGCGACGGCCGGCCGCCUAGGCCACAACAACCACAUCGGACCUCCUCCUCCCAGGCGUCCCGCCGCGAUACCCACGCCAGAGCAGCGAGCGACAACGAGCGACAAAGACAAGACACCGCGUACUCUGUAGCAGCCGCCGCCCGCCCGCCCGCCCGCCCACCAUGUCGUACUUCUUCUCCACCCCCGUCGACAUCGACAUCGUCCUCGAGGACGCCGACGACCGCUCCAUGGUGGACGUCAAGCUGGACAAGAACCGCCGCGAAAAGGCGCCCCUCUACAUGGACGGCGAGUCGGUCAAGGGCGCCGUCACGGUCCGUCCCAAGGACGGCAAGCGCCUCGAGCACACGGGCAUCAAGGUGCAGUUCAUCGGCACCAUCGAGAUGUUCUUUGACCGCGGCAACCACUACGAGUUCCUCUCCCUCAACCAGGAGCUCGCCGCCCCCGGCGAGCUCCAGCACCCCCAGACGUUCGACUUCAACUUCAAAAACGUCGAGAAGCAGUACGAGUCGUACAACGGCAUCAACGUCAAGCUGCGCUACUUUGUCCGCGUCACCGUCUCCCGCCGCAUGGCCGACGUCAUCCGCGAAAAGGACAUUUGGGUCUACUCGUACCGCAUCCCCCCCGAGAUGAACUCGAGCAUCAAGAUGGACGUGGGCAUCGAGGACUGCCUCCACAUCGAGUUUGAGUACAGCAAGAGCAAGUACCACCUCAAGGACGUCAUCGUCGGUCGCAUCUACUUCCUCCUCGUCCGUCUCAAGAUCAAGCACAUGGAGCUGUCCAUCAUCCGUCGCGAGACCACCGGCGCCGCCCCCAACCAGUACAACGAGAGCGAGACCCUCGUCCGCUUCGAGAUCAUGGACGGCUCGCCCUCGCGCGGCGAGACCAUCCCCAUCCGCCUCUUCCUCGGUGGCUUCGACCUCACCCCGACCUUCCGCGACGUCAACAAGAAGUUCUCUACGAGAUACUACCUCAGCCUGGUCCUCAUAGACGAGGAUGCUCGCCGGUACUUCAAGCAAUCCGAGAUCAUUCUCUACCGCCAAGCCCCGGAUGCCAUACAGGCCCCAGAGGGUGGCAUCCAGACUCUGCCGGCGCCCAGCGAGGCCAAGAUGGCCGCCGCCCAAGCCGCCGCCGCUCAGGGAUGAGCUGCCUCUGAAAACGCCAAGCGAUAUCCUCUGUUCAUAGUCACGUCCUGUUUUCUAGCAUAGGGUUCGGCGUUUUUGGUAUCAUUGAGCUGGGCAAGUUCCUGCGUCGUUUAGUUCAAAGCUGUAGCGUAG